AUGAAUAAACCGCGGCAAUCGCUGCGAGCUCGAAACUUCAAAUUAUAUCGCUUCUUCGUGGUUCUCUUGGUCUUAUGGGGCGUCGUUAUCGUACUACAAACAUCCUCUUUAUUUGAGGCGUCAAAGAGUCAACUGAUCAGUAGCUCUCGCUUGCAAAGAGCCUUUGGUAUCCCGACAUCGUGGCGUCGGGGUGACGAGGACGAAGCCCAUGAGCCUUCGGCUGAUGCUGGGGAUCCGAACGAAGUAUCCGACGAAGAUUUACUACACUUGAGUCUCCUACAUGAACAUUGUGUCUCGGACGCCAGCGGAUCGCUGACUUGGGAGUUCGGCAGUCCAGGGCAUCAACUACCCAACGCCACAGCUAGCAAUCCAGAAGUUGUAAUGCGCCAGGACGACCCAGAUCUACUGGAAAAGUUACGUAAAUGUCCCGACGUGGAUAUUUUCCUACCGUCGGAUUUACAUGGCAAUGGAUAUUGCGAAGAUGCCGUGGCUUACGCUAAGUACUUGAACUCUCGUUUGUUGCCUAAAUGGGUUCUCGAAGUUAAACUUUAUGAUCCCUAUCAAGGAUACGCAGUUGACUAUUUCGACUUGUGUCCUGAGACUCCGAUGAUCUUUUUCAACCACUACUGGGACGACGUACCAUCGAUGCCACGUUGGCCCAAGGACAAACCUGUUUAUCUGAUGCCUAACAUUGAGAUGUAUGAGUUGACUGCGGCACAUUAUUGGAAAGUGGACGUGGUGCUGUGCAAGACACAGGAAUGUUACGAUCGAGUGACGCGCUGGUACGAGCAAGAGGGUAACCCGCGUGGCGCAUCCGUGUUCUACACAAAGCACACGUCUUCUGACCAAGCACACUUCGCUCGCAAACGUAUGGGUGAUCGGGUUAUUAGACCCAAGGAUUUCUCCGACAUCAAGUUCAUUCAUACAGCUGGAACUAGCUCUGCGAAAGGCACAAGAGAACUGUUGGAAUGCUGGGUAUUCGUACCGGGACUACCUCAACUCGACGUAUAUAUCGACGACAAGCCAUUCGACCUCUUGUUUAAGCCCAAGUUUAAGCGGUAUCUCAAGUUCAGUCGCAGCCCCGUCAGCAUUCACGUUGGUUUACUUGAACGUUCAAAGUUUACCAAGUUGACAGCAGACACUACGUUCUUCAUGUGUCCGAGUGUUAGUGAAGGUUACGGUCACUACAUCAACCAAGCGCGUGCUGCUGGAGCUGUCGUUGUCACUACCGACUUGUCUCCAAUGAAUGAGCUUAUUACGAACGAUACGGGUUUCUUGAUCCCAGUAGAGCGUCGAAAACACCCUAAGAUGCUAAUGGGUGGGGCCUAUAGGGGACAACAUGGAUUAAAGGAUGUCGAUGGACUUGUGGCAACAUUUCGAGGCCCCAGCGUUUGCGAAGUGGUUAGAGAAAUGAUGACAUCAACUACGACAGAGCAGCGAGCUGCUAUGGGUACCAACGCUCGGCGAGCGUAUCAUGAAGACACCAAGUUUUUCGCCAACGCAAUGCAAGAGCUACGACAGUUUGCAAGACGGAGUAAUUGAUAGGUUUAGUCGCUGUGUUCGUCUUCUUCGGCGAAUGUGUGCACUCGGAGGAUAGAAGACGCUUGGAUCUGGUACAAGUCACCCUGCUCUUCUUGACCUCGCCACUUCAUGAGUUGACCGAGCUGCAUUAACGACUGAGCCUCCAGCUUCCAGUUGCCAGUCUCUCUGGCCAAUAGGAGCUUCUUCUGCAGUUUAUCUUCCUCGACAACAGUAUCGAUAGGAGGAAUGUCGUGUUGCAGAUACUACGCAAUACUAGUGACGUCAGAAUGCCAGCGUGUUGCGUCUGAUAACGGAAAUAGCUCACCCUGGUACGUUCUGUAAUGUAAACGUAGCGAUUCUAGUCGGCAGUGAGUUUACAAAUACAUUGAUGAAGAAUCAUAUCAGUA